AACGCUUUAGUUGAUGUAUACCAAAAAAAUACCAUAUAAAUUGAUUCUAUGCCUCUCUAACUGUCCCUUGCAACCACCCAUUUUCCUUUAUAAGGUCGUCUUUGGAGUGGCUUUCGACUUGUGAGAGGUUGGCAGCAGGAGAAAACGAGAUUAGUAAGAGCAUUUGCAGAAAAGUCUUAGUGUCCAGCUGUGGAAUUGUACCAGAAAAACAAUCAAGUUCCUGACUUCAACGCCCGUGUGCUAGAAGCGUAAAGAUCAAACAAACAAAGAACGUUUCAGAAAAAUGUACAAUCACCAACAUCAAGGCAAGAACAUCCUUGCCGCUUCAAGAAUGCCUAUCUCACCUGAAAGGCACUUGUUUCUGCAAGGUGGGAAUGGCCAUGGUGAUUCUGGUCUUGUCCUGUCCACUGAUGCCAAACCGCGACUAAAGUGGACUCCAGACCUUCAUGAUCGCUUCAUAGAAGCUGUUAAUCAGCUUGGAGGAGCAGACAAGGCUACUCCAAAAACAGUUAUGAAACUCAUGGGGAUUCCAGGACUUACCUUAUACCACCUCAAAAGUCACCUCCAGAAAUAUAGGCUAAGUAAGAAUCUCCAUGGACAAGCUAAUAAUGUGGCUAACAAAAUGGGUACAGCGGCAAUGGCAAUAGAUAGAACAUCUGAAGCAAAUGGUACUCACCUGAAUAAUCUAACCAUGGGGCCUCAAACAAACAAAAACUUACAUAUAGGAGAAGCAUUGCAAAUGCAGAUUGAAGUGCAGAGAAGACUACAUGAGCAGCUUGAGGUACAGAGACAUUUGCAACUACGGAUUGAAGCACAAGGGAAAUACUUACAGGCGGUGUUGGAGAAAGCUCAGGAAACUCUUGGAAGGCAAAACUUGGGAUCUGUAGGGCUUGAAGCUGCUAAAGUUCAGCUUUCUGAAUUAGUUUCCAAAGUAUCCACCCAAUGCCUAAAUUCUGCAUUUUCAGAUCUUAAAGAGCUACAAGGAUUUUGUCCUCAGCAGACACAAACAACCCCACCACCAGAUUGCUCAAUGGAUAGUUGUUUGACCUCUUGUGAAGUGCCCCAAAAAGACCCAGAAAUCCACAACAAUGGGAUGUGUUUUAAAAUCACAGAAGAGACGUUGUUGCCUCAGACUGAAUUAAAAUGGUGUGAAGAUAUGAAGGAGAACAAAAUGUUCCUGUCUUCCAUUAGCAAGGGAGAGGAAAGAAACUCCAAUGAUUUAUCCAUGAGUGUGGGACUCCAAGGACAAACGGGGAAUGGAAACAACAACAGCUUUUCUGAAGGGAAAUUCAAGGGAAAGAAAGGAGAACCUGAAAAACCUUCACAUGGAUAUAAUCUUCCAUACUUUUCAACAAAACUGGAUCUCAAUGUCCAUGGAGAACAUGAUGGUGCUUCAGGUUACAAGCAAUUUGACCUGAAUGGUUUCAGCUGGAGCUGAGAGGGCGUACAUGGGUUUAUCAGAGAUUGCAGAAACUGAAAAAAAUGGAACACUUUCAGGGUACAAGCACAACCCAAAUUUUUGAUCAAAUUGAAGAAAAUGAUGUUGUACCCAUUCAGAUUGCCUAAACAAGACACAGCUAUAAUUCAAUCAAAACUUAAUAAGUUACAAAAGGGAAAAGGUACGAGAGGUCAAUUUUGUUAUUGGGUAAGAUAGACUCUCUACUGCAAUGUACCUUUGUGAUUUUAUCUGAUGUAUGGCAAUAGGCAAGGCUGAUGACUCAAUAUGGGAAUAAUGAGCUAAGAUAUUAACAACUUAUUUGAUUGUAUUAGGGAGAAAUCACUCAUAAUAAACUUGCAAUUUAAUG